UCUCCUCUCUGUUUAUCUCAAGAAUUUUAGUAAUCCCAUUAUAUAUUCAUCUCUCCAUUCUCCUCUUCUCUCUCUAAAACACUCCCAAUUUCAGUGUUUUUUUUGCUUUAAAACCCACACCAAUGUUCUUCUCUCUCUAAGAUUAUGUCCUCUGGCGUCCUUUAAAUCCAUACCCAUUUCUUGUUUUCUCUCAACUAAGAGGAAAAAAGGUUGCUUUCUGAACUUUGAAUCCCAACAAUGGCGGAACCCCUUCACUAUCUUCUUCCCCUUCAGCUGCAGCUUCUGUUUGUGUUCCUUUUGCUUCCAAAACGGUGUCGUUCCUUCUCUCCUUUGUAGCUCUCUUCUUUCUUCUACCACAUUUGCUUCAGUCUCUUGGAUCCUGGUUUCUUCUACUGCUACUUUCAGAGAAAGGGAACUAUUAAGCUGUCCAAAUGGAGCAAUAUGAAAUAUUGGAGCAAAUAGGGAAAGGAUCCUUUGGCUCUGCUCUUCUUGUGAGACAUAAGCAUGAAAAGAAAAGGUAUGUGUUGAAAAAAAUUCGCCUCGCUCGUCAGACCGAUAGGUCCCGUAGAUCUGCACACCAGGAGAUGGAGCUCAUUUCUAGACUACGGAAUCCAUUUAUUGUGGAGUAUAAGGAUUCAUGGGUCGAGAAGGGUUGCUAUGUGUGCAUUAUUAUAGGUUAUUGUGAAGGAGGGGACAUGGCCGAAACGAUAAAAAAAGCGAACAGCGUUCAUUUCCCCGAAGAGAAACUCUGCAAGUGGUUAGUUCAACUUCUGAUGGCACUCGAUUACUUGCACACGAAUCACAUCCUUCACCGGGACGUUAAGUGUUCGAACAUAUUUUUGACUAAAAAUCGAGAUAUACGCCUCGGCGACUUCGGACUAGCCAAAAUGUUGACGUCAGACGAUCUUACGUCCUCGGUCGUAGGAACUCCGAGCUAUAUGUGUCCAGAACUUCUUGCUGAUAUACCUUACGGUUCGAAGUCGGAUAUUUGGUCUUUAGGAUGCUGUAUAUAUGAGAUGACUGCUCUAAAGCCUGCAUUCAAAGCGUUUGACAUGCGAUCUCUUAUCAUUAAGAUUAACAAGUCCAUAGUGGCUCCUCUUCCAACAAAAUACUCUGGUGCAUUUCGAGGUCUCGUCAAAAGCAUGCUACGUAAAAACCCGGAGCUUCGGCCAAGUGCUGGGGAGCUACUUGGUCAUCCUCAUUUGCAGCCUUACAUUGUUCAGAUAAAUCUCAAACGGAAUUCUCCGAGACGCAAUACGUUACCGGCACUCUGGCCCGAACCCAAUUAUAUGAAGAAGACGAGGUUCUCCGAGCCAUUGCCCUUUAAGCGCCAUUCAUUAAGCAACGAUCGAGCUAUAAAUCCAAGUGUUUCGGUAAUAGAGUAUGAUUCUCUCAGCUCAACACAUGAUAUACAUGAUAAACAAAACUACCCGAGUCGCAAACCGACCACUGGUGGCACUCAGGGUGGAGGAGGGUCUCGAAAGAUGACUGCUAAGUCUGCAACUAAUGCUAAAACUUCACGGCUUCUAUCGAAAGCUUACGCCACUCGGGAAAAACGCGAUGAACCGUUGAAAAACAAUAAGAAAUUGCAGCUCCCAGUUUCAUCUACUUAUGCCCGUCGAGCGUCGUUCCCGUUGCAUACGAAAGCUACCACCGAUCAAAGCGCUUGCAGACCGAAUGUUGGUAUUCUUCACCACGUUAAGUCCCCGGAUGUCUCGGUGAAUUCUCCACGAAUUGACCGGAUUGCUGAAUUCCCUUUAGCAUCAUACGAUGAUACAUUUUUUCGUGUUCGCCGUGCUUCACUGCCAUCCACGCAUGGAUCUACGAGCUCCCUGCAGCACACUGAUUGUUCUAUAACCGAAGACAAAUGUACAAUCCAAGUUUGUGACAAGGUUUGUUCAACUCGUGGUUACACCGAAGCAUGGCAGGGAAUACAAUGCAGCUUAUUUCAAGAUGACCGAGACGCUCGAAGUGAUUCCUCCGCUCAGGAUGCAACGGCUGGUGCAUCGAGCCAUACCUCAUCAGACUUACGACAACGCCAUUUUGAUACUUCAUCGUUACAACAGAGGGCCGAGGCUUUGGAAGGUCUCCUCGAGUUUAGUGCGAGAUUGCUGCAGCAGGAGAAGUACGAAGAGCUCGGGGUGUUGCUGAAGCCAUUUGGACCCGAAAAGGUCUCCCCAAGAGAGACUGCUAUCUGGUUGAGUAAGAGCUUCAAAGAAAUCAAUCUCAAGCAGGAAACAUGAACCUCUCUCGGAUGUGCAGAGUCGUCGCAUUUUCUCGAGGUAUAUUUGACACUUGGGAAGAUGCCGAGAAGGAGAAAAACGUCUUUUCAUUAUAGAUUAUAGUCGUUUUAGUUCGAUAGACUAGCUAGCGAGUAGCGGUUAUUUGUCGUCCUUAGUUUUAGCUCAUUAGUAGUAGCUGAUAUGCAACAUUUCUGUUGUAGGAAUGUAAAUUUACAACAGUUAAGAUGGCUAAGAUGGUCUCGGUUUUAGCUGAUGUGCGCUUGAACUCGGACGUUGUUUCGGUUCACUCUGCGAUCGGACUUUUGCCCGUGA